GACGACGCGACAAUGUAGUCACGUGGUGUAUUUCCCACAGUAUUUGUGUUUGGAGGUUGUGUUUCUAUCAUCGCGUUUUGUCUCCUGUGAUUAAAAUUGCUCCGGUUUAUAAGAAUCAUGGCAACAUUAUUGGAUUUCAGGACCCAGGCUGACCAGUCUUGCAGAUAUUCAGAAGAAUUUGUCAAUAUUUAUUAUGACUGCAUGGAUAAAAAACGGCGGAACCUGACUCGUCUCUAUCUGGAUAAAGCGACUUUGGUAUGGAAUGGUAAUGCAGUCUCAGGACAGGAUGCUCUGGCCGAGUUUUUCGAGUCGCUGCCAUCUAGCGAGUUUCAAGUUCAGACACUGGAUUGUCAGUCAGUUCAUGAACAGGCAACCCAAGGCCAGACUACACUGCUCGUGGUGACUGGUGGAACAGUCAAGUUCGAAGGGAACAAACAGCGUUUCUUCAAUCAGAACUUUCUAUUGACAGCUCAGGCUUCACCCAACAAUGACCAGCCUGUUUGGAAGAUUGCCAGUGACUGUUUCCGUUUUCAAGACUGGAAUAACUGAGGUUGUUCCCAAUCACAUCAAAUAGUUGUUUACUUAUACAUUUUUGUAAUAAAAGUAUACAACAUUGAAUACAAAAAAAGUUUUUAUUCUUGACAAAUUCAACAAGGCAUGUAUAUUUCAUAGCUGUGCAAUAAUGAAAUGGCUUCACUAAGCAGCUGACUAUGAAAGUGACUUCAAUUGUUUGUGUCCUUCUGGUGUUUGAAGCAGAUCUAUGUACUACACUUGGGGGGGAAACAAAAUACAUAGAAAACACUCAUUACAAAUUAACACCCAUAGCUUAAAAUAACCUUCUGAUACCAAACUGUACACUAACCCAUGUUAACUGAGGUAAUAUCCACAGUAUGCCAGUUAUUAAUAUGGCUAGUAACGCCAGGAACAUCAUAGUUAAGCAUGCUUACUUUUUAAAUAAAUAAUGUGCCCUUAAAUUGACAUCUGUGCUUUCUACACAACUUGCUACUUUUGCAAUUUCAUAUAUUAAGACACUCCAUCUUCCUGAGUCAAUUCUAUUUGAACAUUUUUGGUCUUACUUUCU